UCAUGACAGAACACAACAAGACAAAACAUAUCUCAGAUGAAUGUGCCAACAAAAUUAGUCAAUUAGGAAAAAAAAAACACAUUCAAUCAAAAACUUAAACCGGGUCGGUUACUUAUUUUCAUGAAUUCCUUAUCCAGAAAGUACAUCUUUCUCUAGCUAUCAAUCUUCGCCGGAUAAAAGACUUCGGUAACCAUGCUCCGACGAAUCGCUUGUUCCUCCUCUUCAUUGGCUUCACAAACUCUCUUCUUCCGCUUAUUUCGUCAGAUCCCUCGCUCUUACACAUCACCGACAACAAUCGCUUUCUCCGGCCGCAACUUUAGUAGGUUAUCAACUCCAACCACUCUUCGUUGUAUCUGUUCACACUCUUCCUCUGAAAUAAUCUCCGAGCAUCCUCCGUUCAUCCGGGUUUACAAAGACGGUCGUAUCGAGCGUCUCGCCGGCACCGAAACCGUCCCGGCUUCUCUAAACCCACAAAACGACGUCGUUUCAAAAGACGUUGUCUACUCGCCGGAGCGUAACCUCUCCGCUCGUCUCUUCCUCCCUCACAAAACCACACAACUCUCCGCCAGUAGCAAACUCCCUCUACUUAUCUACUUCCACGGCGGAGCUUGGAUCAUAGAGUCACCUUUCUCCCCAAUCUACCACAAUUUCCUCACCGAGGUCGUCAAAUCCGCUAACUGCCUCGCCGUAUCUGUUCAAUACCGCCGUGCGCCGGAGGAUCCGGUUCCAGCGGCGUAUGAGGAUGCAUGGUCCGCGAUUCAGUGGAUUGCCUCACAUUCCAAUGGGUCUGGUCAAGAAGAUUGGAUUAACAAAUACGCCGAUUUCGACAGAGUUUACCUCGCCGGAGAUAGCGCCGGCGGUAAUAUAUCGCAUCACAUGGCAAUGAGAGCAGGUAAAGAGAACCUUAAGCCAAGAAUCAAAGGGACUGUGAUAGUUCAUCCAGCUUUUUGGGGAAAAGAUCCUGUCGAUGAACAAGAUGUGCAAGACAGAGAGAUCAGAAGCGGAGUUGCUGAGGUUUGGGAAAAAAUUGCGAGUCCGAAUAGUGUUGAUGGAGUGAAUGAUCCGUGGUUUAAUGUGGUUGGAUCCGGGUCGGAUUUUUCCGGGAUGGGAUGUGACAAGGUUUUGGUUGCGGUGGCUGGGAAAGAUGUGUUUGUUAGACAAGGAUUAGCUUACGCGGGGAAGCUGAAGAAGAGUGGGUGGCAAGGAACGGUGGAGGUUAUGGAGGAAGAAGGUGAAGAUCAUUGCUUCCAUCUCUUAAACCCUAGUUCUGAAAAUACUCCCAAGUUCAUGAAGAAGUUUGUGGAGUUUAUCUCCGGUUAAUGAAUCUCUAAAACUGUUCUUUUUAUUGUUCUGUCGUCAAAGUGUGAUGUGAAUACAUUUUUAUGUCUUCUUUGUGUUUUGUUUUGGUAAUCUGAUUUUAGGUUCAAGAAAUCAAAUAGAUGAAUGAGACUUGUGGUCCUUUUGUCUCUU